GACCCAAACCCGUCUUGAGAUCUCCACGGACGCCCGAUCGUCCUUCUCCGAGGAGAGAGAGAGAGAGAAUGGCGUCGGCUUCUUCAUCUUCUUCUUCUUCGGUAGCGGCGGCGGCGUCGCCGGCGACGGAGGAAGAGCUGACGCUGACCGUGAAGUGGAGCGGCAAGGAGUACACAGUCCGAGUUUGCGGGGACGACACGGUGGGCGAGCUGAAGCUGAGGAUAUGCGAACUCACCAACGUGUUGCCCAAGCGCCAGAAGCUUCUCUACCCUAAACUCGGCUCUAAGCUCGCCGAUGACUCCCUCUUACUCUCCCAGCUCCCUCUUAAGUCCUCCCUCAAGAUGACCAUGAUUGGGACUGUUGAAGAUGAUCUUCUUGUGGAUGAAGUGGACUCUCCUGAAAUAAUCGAUGAUUUUGAGCUUGGACAGGAUGAUGUUGUUGACAUCAAAGAUAAAGAAGUCAAUAAGCGGAAGCUGAGAAGACGGGUAGAUCAGUACAAGAUUGAACUUCGAAACCCUUGUCGUCAAGGAAAGAAACUGCUUGUUUUGGAUAUUGAUUAUACUCUUUUCGAUCAUCGGUCCACAGCAGAAAAUCCUCUUCAACUGAUGAGACCCUAUCUUCAUGAGUUUCUCACUGCUGCUUACGCAGAGUACGAUAUCAUUAUAUGGUCUGCAACCAGCAUGAGGUGGGUUGAGCUGAAGAUGGGACAGCUAGGGGUACUUGACAAUCCUAAUUACAAAAUUACAGCACUUUUAGAUCGCAUGGCAAUGAUUACAGUACAAUCAGAUUCACAUGGAAUCUUUGAUUGCAAGCCACUUGGCCUAAUAUGGGCUCAACUGCCAGAGUAUUACAGUGCGAAGAACACCAUAAUGUUUGAUGACCUGCGGAGAAACUUUGUUAUGAACCCUCAAAAUGGGUUAACUAUCAGGCCAUUCAGAAAGGCUCAUUCAAGCAGAGACAGUGAUCAAGAACUGGUGAAGCUUACUCAGUACUUGCUUGCCAUUGCGGACCUUGAUGACCUUAGUUCCCUUGACCAUAGAAACUGGGAAUUCUUCAAUGAGGACAAUGCCAAAAGGCGCCGGCAGACAUGAAUUCAAGUCACAAGCUCUUGCAUUUCCAAUAUGCAUAUUUAUGCCUCAUCUGGCAAGUCCACCUUUUUCUCUCAAAUACAUAGUACUCCAUUAUGAUUACCAAAGACUAAUACUCCAUUUUAAAUUGCCAAAAUAAAAAUACUAAUUUUGGUUGUCAUACGAUCUCAAAUACAAUACAUUUCUUGCUAAAUGAAUCUGCUGGCCUAGUUGAGACAACUGCCUAUGUAAUUAGUUGACCAUGGAACAUGAAUGAGAAUAUUUACUUCUUUUAUACUUAAAUGGUGUUGCAGGUCACGACUCUUGGGAUUCAUGUCAUAUCACCUCCAAAUCUUCGGCUUUGUUGUAUAGAUUGGCAUGGUCUUUCUUA